ACAGGAGUAAAAAGGAGGCGGCGUCCGUGUCUGCGAGCAACAGAUCCGGGCGACGCGAGCUGACCUCGUCUGCUGCUGCCCUAUUUCGUUCUCUCUUUCUUUAUUUUGGAGUUUCAGAAAAAAAAUUAUAUUUGGAAAAAAAAUAUAUUUUUGUCUUAAAUGGCGCUGGCCCCGGGUCAGCGGGCGGUUUUCUCUGCACCAAGAUGGGCUUUGCCGUUUCCGUCGUGGGCACCAGUGGUGGCUUGAUUGUCAGUCUUCUCCGGACAUUUUUGAGGCCAGGAGCCGAGCACUGCACGUAGGCGACUCGCCCUCCGGAGCGGCUGGGCGUCUCGGAUUGGGACUUGGGGGGCAGAGUGCAGUAAAUUGCGAGCACCGCGUGCUCUCUGCAAAACCGGCGGCGAGCCGGAGGUAGGUCGCUCCCAGGGUGAAACCGCUCCCGGGCUGAGCGAGCCCGGCCCCGUGCGCAGUGCAGCCGCCCCGAGAGCGUGUCCUGUCCCCGCCGCGCCGGGAAAAUGGAGGCUGUGAUCGAGAAGGAAUGCAGCGCGCUUGGAGGCCUCUUCCAGACCAUCAUCAGCGACAUGAAGGGGAGCUAUCCAGUUUGGGAAGACUUCAUAAACAAAGCUGGAAAGCUGCAGUCCCAGCUGCGGACAACAGUAGUAGCAGCAGCUGCCUUCUUGGAUGCCUUUCAGAAAGUGGCUGACAUGGCCACCAACACACGUGGUGGUACCCGGGAGAUCGGCUCAGCGCUCACCAGAAUGUGCAUGCGGCACCGGAGCAUCGAGGCCAAGCUGAGGCAGUUCUCCAGUGCUUUGAUCGAUUGCCUGAUAAACCCACUGCAAGAACAAAUGGAGGAAUGGAAGAAGGUGGCCAACCAGCUGGACAAGGACCACGCAAAAGAAUAUAAGAAAGCUCGCCAAGAGAUAAAAAAGAAGUCCUCUGACACGUUGAAACUGCAGAAGAAGGCAAAAAAAGGGAGGGGUGACAUCCAGCCUCAGCUGGACAGCGCUCUCCAGGAUGUCAACGAUAAAUAUCUCCUACUGGAAGAAACGGAAAAGCAGGCUGUGCGCAAAGCACUCAUCGAAGAACGCGGCCGAUUCUGCACCUUCAUCUCUAUGCUGCGGCCAGUGAUUGAGGAAGAGAUUUCCAUGUUAGGAGAGAUUACCCAUCUUCAGACCAUAUCGGAAGAUCUGAAGAACCUGACCAUGGACCCUCACAAACUGCCCUCCUCGAGUGAACAGGUGAUUUUGGACUUGAAAGGUUCUGACUAUAGUUGGUCGUAUCAGACGCCACCAUCUUCUCCUAGCACAACCAUGUCGAGAAAGUCAAGUGUCUGCAGCAGCCUGAACAGUGUCAACAGUAGCGACUCCCGGUCCAGUGGCUCCCACUCCCACUCCCCCAGCUCGCAUUACCGCUACCGCAGCUCCAACCUGGCCCAGCAGGCCCCCGUGAGGCUGUCCAGCGUGUCUUCCCACGACUCAGGAUUCAUAUCCCAGGACGCCUUCCAGUCCAAGUCACCCUCUCCCAUGCCACCUGAGGCUGCCAACCAGAACUCAUCCAGCUCGGCCUCCUCAGAAGCCUCGGAAACCUGCCAGUCAGUGAGCGAGUGCAGCUCCCCCACCUCAGUCAGCUCAGGCUCCACCAUGGGCGCCUGGGUGUCCACAGAGAAGGACUGGGCAAAGCCAGGACCCUAUGACCAGCCACUGGUGAACACCCUCCAGCGCCGCAAAGAGAAGCGUGAGCCAGACUCCAAUGGGGGAGGACCCACUACUACAGGAGGUCCACCUGCAGCUGCUGAAGAGGCACAGAGACCGAGGAGCAUGACUGUGUCAGCUGCCACCAGGCCUGGUGAGGAGAUGGGGGCCUGUGAGGAGCUGACACUCGCCCUGUCCCGGGGCCUCCAGCUGGACGUGCAGAGGAGCAGCCGGGACUCGCUACAGUGCUCCAGCGGCUAUAGCACCCAGACCACCACCCCGUGCUGCUCUGAGGAUACCAUCCCCUCCCAAGUUUCAGAUUACGAUUAUUUCUCUGUAAGUGGUGACCAGGAGGCAGAGCAGCAAGAAUUUGACAAAUCCUCCACCAUUCCAAGGAACAGUGACAUCAGCCAGUCUUACCGGCGGAUGUUCCAAGCCAAGCGUCCAGCCUCAACUGCUGGCCUUCCCACCACUCUCGGACCUGCCAUGGUCACACCAGGGGUUGCGACCAUCCGACGGACCCCUUCCACUAAGCCUUCUGUUCGCCGGGGGACCAUUGGAGCUGGUCCUAUUCCUAUCAAGACACCAGUGAUUCCUGUCAAAACCCCAACUGUCCCAGACCUCCCUGGGGUUUUGCCAUCCCCUCCAGAUGGGCCAGAGGAGCCCCGGGGUGAGCACAGCCCUGAGUCUCCAUCUGUGGGGGAGGGACCCCAGGGUGUCAGCAAUAUACCCUCUUCCUUGUGGAGUGGUCAAGCGCCGAUCAACCCUCCACUUCCAGGCCCAAAGCCCAUUAUACCUGAGGAGCACAGACAGGCGAUUCCAGAGAGCGAGGCUGAAGACCAGGAAAGGGACCCCCCAAGUGCCACUGUCUCCCCAGGCCCGAUUUCAGAGAAUGAUCCCGCAGACCUGAGCCCAAGAGAAAGUCCUCAGGGAGAAGACAUGCUGAAUGCCAUCCGGAGGGGUGUGAAGCUGAGGAAGACGACCACCAACGAUCGCUCAGCACCUCGCUUCUCUUAGGUUCUCAUAGCUCCCAGGAGAUGCUGCUAGUGGGAUGAACUCUUUAAUUAAUAAAGCCUAAUUUGUCUUGAUCCAUUCCAGUCUAUAAUCAAGCAAAAGAUUUUGUAGGCAAUUCGGAAUUCUGCUCUUUUCAAAGUAUUAAACAUCUUUAGAUAAGAAUUAAAAGCAACAUAUAUAAUUGACAUAAUCUUGAUCUUUUAAUUUGUAAAUAUUGACGGUUUCUUUCUGCAUAUUUUAACCUUAGUUUCCCUUUUGAUUUUUCUGAAGGUGCCAAAUUCCAUUUAACUUUUUUACAGGUCUUUGUAAAAUUUUAAAAGCAUAAAGGGGAGGGGGUGGGUUGGGAUGGGGAGCCUUGGCGUAAUUUCACAAAAGGAUUACAUACUCGGUUGUUUUUCUUUUUCUUCCCUCACGCUUUUGUAGCUGCAUUGUAGUUGUCUAGUUUAGAAGCAAAUUCAAGUUAUUUUAAUGGAUAAACACAACGGAUAAGGGGUGAAACCCUUAUUCACAUAUACUGUGUUCUGGAGGAGAAACUCGGGAGUAACAGUUGAGCAAUAUGCAGAGAAGUAAACCCGGACAUGGUGGACUGUGUUGGGAUUGGGGGGAGGGCUGGGGGAGGGGCACACUGUCAACAUAGCCAAUCCUGUUACAUUGAAGAGUAGCCUCAUAGGUUGAAUUUCCAGUAGCUUCAUGGUUAACGCAUCCGAAUAAGCCAUACUAGAUUGCAGUGUUUGUUUCUGUAAGGUUUUUAAGGACUUCCUUUCUCCCAGCAUUCCUCUUGACUGCACACACACCGCCCACAUCCAGUCCUGCGCAUGCUGCUGCCACGGGUAGACAUAGUCCCUUUACUUUCUCGUCUCUUAUAGUCACUUCCACUGAAUCCAAAUACAUCCAAAGGGGUAAGGCAAUUCAGAAAACCUAAAAACAUUUUAAAAUGAUAGCAGGGAAUUCUUAGAUAUAGAAAAUGCCUUUUACUUAACUGUGCCCAGCAGGCUGGGUACGUUGAAAAGCCCAGAUAUUUUGAAGAAAAAAAAUUCAAACAGAUUUAUCAAGGGUAACCAGCUUGGAGUCUAACAAUUUUGCCAACGUGCUUAACAAUCUGGGGGCUUGUUUUUCUUCCCUUCCUUAAAUGAGGACAGUUGAUUGGCUUCUAAACACCGGAGCAAAGAGGAUUUAUUUACGGUCAACUGGGAGUCUGAUUUCAAUUCAGGCAAUGUUUUUUUUUUCUUUUCUUUCUUCUUCUUUUUUUUUUUUAAGUGAAUUUGUCUUUUUUUUUUUUUUUUUUAAGUGGAAGUUAAAUUUGUUACAAUGCCCAUCCCUAAAGUCAACAGAGAUUUGUAGACUUCAAGAGCUCACAUUUAAAGACAGCUGUUAAAAAAGGCAAGGCCAUCAGCAGUGCAGCAACUGACAGAACACGGUUGACUUUUUGGGCAAGAGACUUGGGUCCUGUGUGCUCUGCAGAUCUCUGUUGGCUCUAGCCUCUGAUGACGUAAUCUUAUACUUUAACACACAGCCACAUUGGAUGUGAGAGUAACGUUCCUCUAGUCAUUGUUCUAUAUAUUAACAUUUAAACACUGCUGUGAUUGCUCAAAGGACAUUUUAUGUUAUGGCUUUAAAGCAAAGGCAUGAUGAUUAGAAAUGACUUAAGCUCUUUUCUUUGAAAAACAAGCUCCUUUCACAGACUAUAAGCAAACAGUAGUGCCUGUGGUUUAGCCCGCCAACCAUGAUGACUCAAAGUAGCUGAUGCGUUGUGCAGAUGAUGCUCGAGGUGGCUUCUGCAGAUGCAGAAACUGCUGCAAGGUCAUUCGAAUAGAGACAGUGGUAUUUUAAACCUUUGAAAGGAAUGGAUGUAACUGUACGUCGUACAGCUUUUCACUUGUUUAGUUUUUAAACGUUAGUAUAAUCUGAAUAAAGUUAAUAUAAACUGUUGCCAAAUUCAAUGUAGAAAGAAUGUGACAAACACCUUGGGUAGCUCUGUUUGUGUUUUUGCAUAUUGUAAAAGCAGUGUCACAGCUGAAAACGAACCCUUUCUAAAGGUAAAUUAUUGUGGUUUAGUUGCUAGUUUGUAUUGAGAGUUGACCUCUCCCUGUGCAGUUUUUGUUCGAAACUUGUAUAGAUAACAGCCAGCGUGUAAUGUGUCUCCCUUCUACAUUGUAACAGUUGCUUCUGCCUACCUUAUAAAUAAAGAAUCACUAAGAAAAAAAG